UGGAUGUUUUCAGGUCGGACAGUAGAGCGCGUGUAGCAUUCAAAUUUCCGUCGUGCUGUUGUGUCGACCGUCAACGAGUCGAGAAGCUUCGCGAGAAGGAUACCUUUUAUUCGAUUCUCACUGAAAGUCUGCUCGGGAUGGCACAGAACGUGAACCCUUUCAGCUCGACGCAAAAUACGCCGACGAAAGCAACCGAGGAAAAGCAGAGCUUACCGAAGGAUAAUCACGCGGUCAGCAAACGGUUGCAAAAAGAGCUCAUGGUACUUAUGAUGAGCACUGAGCAAGGAGUAUCUGCCUUCCCAGAGGGAGAAAAUUUAUUUAAAUGGAUUGGAACUAUCACAGGACCAAGGGACACAGUAUAUGCUGGUCUCACCUACAAAUUAACUUUAGAGUUCCCACAUAGUUAUCCAUAUAGCGCUCCUAUAGUACGUUUUGCUACGCCUUGCUUUCAUCCAAAUGUAGAUACCGGUGGUAACAUCUGUUUGGAUAUAUUAAAAGAUAAGUGGAGCGCAUUGUACGAUGUGCGUACUAUUUUACUUUCUAUACAGUCCCUUCUUGGUGAGCCUAAUAAUGAGAGUCCACUUAAUCUUGAAGCAGCAGAGCUAUGGAACAAUCAGACAAAAUAUAAAAAGUAUCUGAUGGAAGAGUAUCAUAGAGGAAGAAUAUCAUUUGAUCGAGCACAGAGCAAUCGUAACCAUCAAGAUUCAUGAUGAGCCAUAACGUAUUGUAAUCUAUAUUAUGUGAAUCACAUUUAAUAUUAUUAUUCCUAUCAAUGAUAGGAUUGAAUGUAAGAUUAAGUAGAAUUUUCUGUAUUUUCUGUACUUCUCUUAAGAAUCAUUAAGUACUGUUAAAUUU